GGAAAGCAGAUUGAUUCUCAGCGGGAGCCAGAUGCAUCAUCUAAACACCGGCGAGCACGCUACCCCGGUGUUAUUAUCGAGGUGUGCUAUUCACAAAAAGGUCGAUGUGUUUCGCACUUAGCGGAUGAAUACAUCUUAAACACUGAUGGGAGCGUGAACGCGGUGGUGGCCCUCGAUAUCGAUUAUAAAGGGCCCAAAAAAGCGACAAGUACUGUAUGGCGACCGGAAUACGCAACCUUGGAUGGUAAGGAGGAGCUUCAAGCGACCGCUACUAUCGAGGCGCUGCCAUUUCGGACUGAUUGCGGCCUUCCGAUCGAAGAAACAGCGCUCCGACUGUCCUUGAGGGACUUCGCAACCCAGGAACUCUCACAGGGGCUCACUAGUCUCAAUCAAGAUUUUUCCAUAACAUCGACGCAGCUUUGUGACUUCCUUUCCCGCGCCAAAGAAGAACAGCCAGGGCAGAUGCUACUGCAGGGCUCUAUCAAUCGACUACGCCCGGGAGCUGGAAAGCGUCGUCGGCCUCAAACUCCGCCGGAACAGCCAAGCUCGGAAGAUGAAGGAUAAGUUGCGAGGAAAAGGGAAACUAAACGAGGGCGUCGAAGCAGCGAUUUUUUCCCGGACUCUUCGUCAGGGGAUUCGAAGGGUGAGCUCCCUUAAAGUGGAAUAUGUGGAGCAGCUCAGGAAGAGUGUGCCUUCAUCCGGAGAUUUCAAUGCUCUCCUUCUGGGUGGGCAUAUGCGCCCGAUAGGUAGCUGUCAUUGGUCAAUAUGUAUCCCAAACUUACGACUGAUAAAUCUCCGAUUCUUCGCUGGUCAUGAGCCUUCGUUCUUAUGGCUAUGGAUACCUCAGUCUCGCAGCACCCAUAUUAGUAUGCUUGUCUGGAUUCAUAUUCAGAUUUACGUCCGCACUGCAUGCUGCGAUAACAGCUGAUUCCGGCACUAUCGGUAUAGGCUUCGAUCCUA